AAGUGUCUUCGAGAGACAACUGGUCUUUAUGCUCACGUAACCUAGCAUGACAUGUGACGUCAAUGGCACCACAGCUAUACCAAUCAAUGUGCCAAGCGACAUAUAAGAAGAGCACGGUGAAAGAAUGAAUUACAAAUAGCAGAAUUCGACAACUGAGUACAGUAAGAGGCAGCGAGAGAGUGAGAAAGAGAGUGAGGCAAACUUAACUAAACGUACAGAUUAUUACUAACAUCAGCCACAGCAGACGAUGAUACCUUCAAAGUUAUACAUCCCUUUACUAUCGGCUUUGCUGGCCCAUCUCAGUUGGCACAGAAAUGUAGCAGAAAGAAUUCCACCAAGAUUUCCUAACAAAAGCCCAGUAGACCUGGUUUUCAUGCUGGACUCCUCGGCGAGUAUAUGGCCUCCUAAUUUUAGGAAACAGCUAGCAUUUGUAGAAUAUAUGGCCGAACAGCUAGAUGUUGGAUUGGCACCCCGCCAGGUUAGAGUUGGUGUACUUUCCUUCAGUACAGAUGCACGAAUUCAUUUUAACUUGAGCGAGUCAAAUACCAAAGAAAUACUGAAAUCAAGAUUAGACACAAUUAAACAGAUAAGAGGUAACACUAAUAUAAGCCAAGCGUUGUUAACCAUGAAAGACGAAUUGUUUAGCCCGGAGAAUGGUGGCAGAAGAAAUGUUAAAAAAAUUGGUAUAAUGAUGACCGAUGGUACAUCGCAAAAUGUAACUGCUACACAGAUAGCAGCGGAAAAAUGCCGAGAGGAGAACAUUACGCUAUUUGUUAUUGGUAUUGGACGGAAAGUCGACUACCACGAAUUAGUACGAAUUGCAAGCAAGCCAACUGAAAGAUACUUAAAACUGAGUUCCACCUACGCUGCCUUAGAUGUUAUAAAAUCUGAUGUCAUUCACAACGUGAUAGAAGAUGAAUGGAAUUUACCAUAUGCUAUGGGAUUGAACGAAAAGCCUACAGAAGUUCGAUCUUCAAAAACUGAUGAAAAACCCCUGGAACUUGUUUCUGGUGGUAAGCCGUCUACAGUGGUUGAAGUGGAUCCAGGAAGUGGGUUCAUUCCUGAAUUUCCUUCCCCUUUGCGCGUGAAAGAAGAUAUCGCUAAGUGGGGCCCACCACCAUCAACAAUUUAUGGAAUGGUCAUCGAGGUCACUACAACUGCUGGACCAGCCAUGCAUAUUGAAGCAAAAGGUAAACAUGCAAUGCAGAUGAUUUUCUUAAUAAGAAGUACUGUAUUCAAAGCGGCGAGCAGGCCGAAACGUUAGCACGCCGGGCGAAAU